AUGAAGUCGACGUCCUCAGGGCGCGGACGCCAAGCCCCGCGCGGGCGUCCGUCGUCGAGCUCGCGAGUCGCCGACGAUGAGGGAAGACAAUCUUCCAGUUCGCGGGAGACUGGUGACGCCUGGGGGCGCCGCGGAAGACCCGGAGACAAAAAUGGCGAAUUCAGUCCCGAUCUUCUCUACAAAGAUGAACGCGACAGAGAAGCGCUGGAGAGCAUGAACGAAUUCGAGCGAGAGGCCGAACUCGCGAGGCGCUACGAGGAACUUGUCCGCGAGCGCCAGAGAAAGGAACUCCUGCGGCGACAAGACCAAGACCGAAAGAGCACGGCAGGGCGUUUGGGAGAUGCUCUCAGUGACAUCCGAGCGCGGCGAGCUCGCCAGAAGCAGCAACAGCGACAAACGAGUGAAGACGAGGAAGAGGAGGAAGGCGAAGUGUCGGGGAAGGACGGGACUGAAGACUUGAGUGAGUCUUCUUCCGGGGACGAGGAAGACGCGGAACAGGACCAGAAGAAGCGCCUCUCUUCGCGGUCUGCGGGCGCCAGCGGGUCCGCCCUAAGCGGCGUCUCCGCGGCCUUGCCCGACGCGGCUCUGGGCUCCAGUGGAGGCGCGACCGCGGGGACACUUCUUCAGGACGCCGAUGGCGCGGGGACAGCCAGCGGUCUCGCCUCUGGCGCCGGCAGCGCGGUCGCAGGGGACGCGUCGGCUGAUGACGGGGCGUUCGGCAAACGGAAAGGCGUUGCGGGCGGGAAAUCCGGAAGAGAAGACGAGGGUGGCGAGCAGGCUGCGCAGCAGCGCACUGUGGGGGAGGACGACGGUCGAGCUGACGACUUGUUCGACGAAGACCGCGUCGACAGCGACGAGCAGCGUCGGAAGGAGACGGCGCGACGCAUGCUCCAGCGGAUUUCUCUGGAUCUUCUGAACGGCGUGCGGCUGUCCACAGAGCGCCUGCUGCACAUGCUCGAACAUCCGCAAGCGGAAAAGUACGUUCGCGGCUGCUUCGUGAAAGUGCCGCAGCCGCCCUCCGCUGUCAAAGCGCAGCCCGACGCCCCGCCCGUCGGCUGGGUGUGCCAGAUUGUGGGGCUGCGCCCUUGCGAGCCCUACUUUGUCUCCACUGGUCCCGCGCCUGGAGACCCGAGUCUCCCGGAAGGUCGGCGAAACGGCGUGUCCUGUAGCGUGAAGCUGCUGCUGCGCGUGGCGCCCAAGGCAUCGGCAAAGUUCGACCGCGAAUUCGCGCUGGGCGACCUCGUCAACUCGACCGUGACUCCGGCUGAGUACGAAGCCUGGAAGAAGAAGCUCCAGGAGUUCGACUCCGUCGAGGACCUCUCCAAGAAACUCCGCGCAAAACUCCAGCAACUGAAGGAGUUUACCUUCACGGAUGAAGACGUCCAGGCGAUUUUGUCGAGGAAGCAGCAGGACUCGGCUGCGGGUUCGUUUUUGACGACGACGGGGAAUUUGUUGAAGCAGUUGAUGUCGAUCAAGCACGAGAUGGAUUCGCUCCACGCCUCGCUGUCGAGCGUGGCGACGGCGAGUGCGGCACGGCGCGAGUUGAAGGAGAAGCUCCAGGCUCUGGUUGCGCGCAAGACGGAGGUGGAGACAAAGCUCGCCAAGAGCAAGGCCGCGUCAGGUCGCGCGCGAAACGCGUCGCUGAUGCAUCAAGUGGCGCUCGAGAGAAGGCGUGAAAAACUGUCCAUGUUCAUUCUGAACGAUCCCAAGCGGUCGAUGCGAAAGGGCGGCGCCCGCGAGCCGGCCAAGAGCGCGGCGCCGACCCCCCCCGUUGCGCCGACCUGCGCAGAUCUGCUCUUUGGCGACGAGUCGGGAAGGAGAAAGCGAGGCCGAGAGGUGGGAGAGGGCGAGGCGGGAGAUGCAGCCGACGCAGAGACGCGCGAAACCCGCCUCUCGCCACAGGCCCUCGACAGCGACCGACGCAGCGACAGCACUUCGCCAGGACGCGCCACAGGCGGCAGAGAUCCAUCUCCGCGGCCGUUAGGCGAGGACACGAAACGGAGUCUGAGCCCGUCGAUCUCCGAGCCCCGAGGCGCAGCGGCCUCUCCUCUCUGCGGCGGCACGCCGCAAGCGACAGCUGCCUGGAAGUUUCUGCUGCAUGGCUCGCCCAAAGAACAAAGGGACUGGGUUCGACACACUGUUCAACGAUAUCGCCAAGCAGGCGCUCUGCACAUCGACACAGGAAGCAUUCCACCCCCGCGGGCGUACGCCUCGGUCGUUGCCCUUCUUCCACCGACGCCGCCUCCGCCCUCAGAUUCGCUGUUGAUUUCUCUCGAAGAAUACAAGCAGCAAGUGGCCCAACUGGCAAACAUGCAGCUGACAGGCUGA